CAGCGCACGGAUAGUACACAGUGCUGGGACUCGACCGUCCAACACACGUCUCGUAUGACCAAUGCUGACUUCUAAUCUCAAGGCGAAGCGGCUAUUUCCGACUCAUUGUGAGGAUUACUCUCAGGAGCUUUCAGCGCGACCCGUCUGCUGCCUUAACGAGGUGGAUGAAAUGUGCACGUACGGAGGUCAGUGAGCCCAGAAUGAAGCACAGGACAGGAGCAGUGGCCAAGAUGAGACCAUAAAGAGGCGUGCUUCUUUUGUACUGCUGGUUCUGGGGGCUGUGCAGACUUCCUGCAGCAGCUGUUUGAUGUGCGCCUCAACUCGGCCACGAUGACGAUGAAAGGCCUGUCGAGCAGCCGCAGUCACCCUCACACGGUGAUUUGUGACCCCUCUUACGACUCCAUGACUCUGGGGCACUCGGAUCGUCGGUCCUACUUCCUGAAUCCCGGGGAAGCUCACGCCGGCGAUCAUCCUUGCUACGCCCAACGCAACACGUUCCAGACAGAAUGCGGUGCUUAUACCGAUUUGGCGAGCUGCACCUUCCCUCGCAGACAUCACAACUCCCAUCACGAGCUGAAGGAGGAGUGUAGCGCCCUGGUGCCUUAUACUGGAGGGGCAACAGGGAGCGGUAAAGGAAGCGGAGGAAGUGGUCGAAAUAAUAAUAAUCGCAUCUCUUCAAACUUAUUGGAGCAGUUUGACCAGCAGGCACCAGUGCGGCGCGAAGGUUACCACACACUGCAAUACAAGCGCACUGCGUUAGAGCACCAACGCAGCGACAGCCCUGGUCGAAUCCGCCACCUGGUUCACUCUGUCCAAAAGCUGUUCACAAAAUCCCAUUCUCUGGAGGGGCCCUCGGGGUCUGGGGGAGCGGAAAGCGGGAAGAUGAAUGGCAGCAAAUCCAGCCCAGACGACCUACCGUCCUCAUCCGGAACGCUGAAGCACAGCAAACGCAGUAAGUGUAAAGACCGCUCCAAGUCGGAGCCUAAGAUGCAAUCUGCCAUCUCAGGCUACUGGAGUUCAGAUGACACACUUGACCGGGAGGUGUGCGUCUACCACCAUCACCACGGGGGCAACACUGGAGGUCCACCCUCUGGCAUAAUGACCAUGGGUCGCCACCCGGACAAAUCCCAGUCGCAGUAUUUUAUGGAGUCCUACAACACCAUCAGCGCCCACUCUCUGAAGACUUCACGCAGCAACAAUGACGUGAAGUGCACAACGUGCUCCGGGAGCAGCAGCACGCCGCUUCCGCUCAUGAGUGGACUGGACGGUCAAGUGCAACUGAAGAAGAGCUCGUGGUCUUCAACUCUGACGGUGAGCAGGGCAAGGGAGGUCUACCAGAAGGCCUCAGUCAACCUAGAUAAAGCUCUAGUGAAAGCUGAGCAGGGACGCACCUGUCACUUCCUACAGGUGCCUCAGGAUGACUGGGGCAGUUUCUCUCCACUGGGGAAGGAUGAUGAGAUCCCCUGCCGGAGGAUGCGCAGUGGAAGUUACAUCAAGGCCAUGGCAGAGGAAGACAGUGGUGAAUCAGACUGCAGUCCCAAACCCUCGCCCAAGGUGCAAGCACGGCGAGCAAGUUACUUAAAGGCCACACAGCCGUCACUCACUGAGAUGACCACGCUGAAGAUUUCAGCAGAGCACUCGCCCAAGCUGCAGAUCCGGAGUCACAGCUAUCUGCGGGCAGUGAGUGAGGUUUCCAUCAAUAGGAGUCUGGACAGCUUGGACCCAGCAGGGCUGCUGGCCUCGCCAAAAUUCCGCUCGCGAAACGAAAGCUACAUGAGAGCCAUGAGCACCAUUAGCCAGGUGAGUGAGGUGGAGGUGAACGGGCAGAUCGAAGCGGUGUGCGAGUCGGUGUUCAGUGAGAUGGAGUCGAAGGCGGUGGACGCCCUAGACCUGCCCAUGCCGGGCUGCUUCCGCAUGCGGAGCCACAGCUACGUGCGUGCCAUAGAGAAAGGCUGCUCACAGGAAGAGGAGGAGGAAGGCGUCACCAUGGGCAACAGGAGGCCUGGCUCCCCCCCGAGGACCGCCACCACCGUCAGAACCAUUCAGAGCAGCACAGUGUCAUCAUGCAUCACCACAUACAAGAAGACGCCUCCCCCAGUCCCACCACGGACCACGCCGUCCAAACCUUUCAUAUCCAUCACAGCUCAAAGCAGCACGGAGUCGGCCCAGGACGCUCACAUGGACGGCGGCCCACGGACGGGCAUCAGCUCCCAGCCGGGCCUGUCCAACUCCACCGAGAGCAUCGACAGCAUGAAGGCCCUGACAGCAGCCAUAGAGGCAGCAAAUGCCCAGGUGCACGGCCCCGCCAGCCAACACGUCACAAACAGCACCAUCACCAUCACAGCCACCGCCACCACCUCCACCGCGGCACACAUUACUGCUGACAGUAAGGCGCAGAAGGAAGCCCUGCACAAGAGCCUCUCCAUAGGCAUCCAGGUGGACCCAGAGGAAUCGGGUCCGACAGAGGAGCAGUCUAAAUUCCAGUCUAUUGGAAUUCAGGUGGAGGAUGAGCGAUGUUACCGCAGGAUGACCCGCUCUAACAGUGUAACCACGGCGGUGCAGGCUGACCUCGACGACCCCGCCGAAGACCUGGAGCUGCCACCGCCUCACUGUGCCACCAUGCCUCGCCAGCACUCCUACGAUACUGCCACCUCUACAGUCAGCAUCCAGGGCUCUGGGAAUCACUACCACGCCUGCACCGGGGACGACUACGGCGAAGUGGGGUUUGAUCCUUCUAUCCUGCCCCCGCCAGACCCUUGGAUGGACAGCAUAGCUGAGCCAGAGGUGGAGGCUUUGGAGACCGUCAGCAGAUCGGUGUGCCCCCGUGACGGACACUGGUUCCUCAAGUUGCUGCAGGCUGAGACGGAGCGAAUGGAGGGCUGGUGUAGACAAAUGGCGCAGGAUGAGGUGGAGAAUGAACUGCCUGAAGAGAUCCUGGGGAAGAUCCGCAGUGCAGUGGGGAGCGCCCAGCUGCUGAUGUCCCAGAAGUUCCAGCAGUUCCGGGAGCUCUGUGAGGAUAAUCUGAACCCACAUGCAAAUCCACGGCCAAUUUCCCAGGACCUUGCAGGUUUCUGGGACAUGCUCCAGCUGUCUAUCGAGAACAUUAGCCUGAAGUUUGAUGAACUCCAUCAGCUCAAAGCCAACAACUGGAAACCUCUGAACCCCCCAGAAAUUCAGGAGAGAAGGAUGCCCCCUCCCGUGCCAAAGAAGCCCCAGAAGGGCCACCCUCCCCUGGCUAGGGACCACUCCCUGGAGAGCUCUGAACGCCAGCGUCUGGAGGCUCGCAAACGGCUGCUAGCUGCCAAACGUGCUGCGUCAGUUCGACAGAGCUCUGCAACGGAGAGCGCAGACAGUAUUGAGAUCUAUAUCCCCGAGGCUCAGACCAGACUAUGAGACACUUCAAUGUAUCUACGCACAUUUUUCUGUCAUAGGCGCCGUCCCAUUCACAUCCACUAACUGGUAAAGCUCGGGUGCUAAUACGUUGUACGCUGUUUGUGUCGACUUCCUGCAUCAUAACAGGGGUCAGUCACACUGAAGGUCCUUUGAACAUGAAUUGUACAUUUGCAGUAUUUAUUAUUUAUAUCCUCCUUGCAGCUUUCAUGUAGCACCCCCCCUCCCCCUCCCCUCUCAACUGCCCUCUAUCCACACUGACCCUCUCACACCCAAAGACGUAUCGAAGAAUCCCCCUUUUCAAGUGGCCUGAUAUGUCAAAGCAAGCCAGGUGUAGCACAACAGUGAUGCUUCAUACCAAUGUGGUUUAGCUGGAAAGCAAAGGAUGUGGCAUGUGGGGACUUUCAUUCAAAUACUCACAAUUGUGACCGACUCAAAAUGGGCCUCGCUUCCCAAAAACAUCUGCAAAGUAAGAUCAUCUUACCGCCCUUUUUUGCAAUCUUAUAAUCUUUCUUCUGAAGAGGUUUCGCCCAAAACACUGUGAAAGGUUAAGUAAGUUCAUGAGUUAAGAGCAUGAGAAUAGGAGGAGAUGAUAGUCGAGUGGUUAAAGCUGUGGACUUGUGACCAUGGGCUCCUUGGUUUAAAUCCCCUUGGCCAGGGUCCUUAAUCUCCAAGUUGCUCCCGGUGUGCAUUCGAGUGCCUUGCAUGGCAACACCCUGACAUCAGUGUGAAUGUGAGUCAUCACUAUAAAGGUUUUUGACCAUGAAAAUGCUACAUAAAUACAGUUAAUUUAAGAAAAUGCUUUGUUGAAAUUAAUGAUUUUCUUGAGCUAUCUCAUUUGGUCAACUUGACACUUGAUGAUCCAGCGCACCAUUGCCUCAGUGAUGAGGACUCCGUCCACAGGAAAACACCGAGGGGACGCACAUUUUACCUGAGUGCUGUAGACAGAUGAUUGGUGAGGGUAGUCUUUAUUAAUGUGGGGAGCCAACAAAAGUCCCCACCUGGUUUGGUUGGUAUGUUUACUUCAGGAAGGGCCUACAGCAUGUGUCUCUUCACCCUCCCAAGUUCACACUGCUGGAGCCAGUACGAUACUCAGCUCUGAAAGUUCCAAUUGGGAACUUUGCUGGAAUCAGGGAAACAAACCGGUAUCACCAGCGUCACAGCUGACCAUGCAAACCAUUAGGCAACCACUACUGGUUAUGUUCGUGAAGUGGGGAAGGACCAGAUGUCUGCCAUGGUGGUUACCAUCCAGUACCUAAGGUGUGUCCUAGUACACUGGUGACUCAUGGUACCAGUGUACACUCCCAGAACUGACCUGACCCAGUUGUCUGUAAAUGGCAAAACAGCGCCACAGAUUUGUCUUUAGUGAGUUAUAGUGAAUGUUUGUGUGUGAGAGAAGCACUAGUCAGUCACUCCAAACACAUUAUGAAGGAACGCGUGCCCUUUUGAUGUCAUUAGUGUUGCGAUAAAAAUUAGAAGUUAACUUUUUUCAGCGAGACUUUCUACUUAUUUUUCUUAAUUUAAUUUCCAGUUCUGUGUGUGACUGGAGUUUGUUAUGCCUUUGACCCUCAAGGCCACCAGAGCAUUCCAAACACAAUCACUGUUGGUAACAUCAGUUGUUUUUGGGAAGCGCAGCCCUGAACUCUUCAGAUUAAAUACAUCGAGAGCAGAUUCUGGACUUAAUGUGUAUAUUAUACUGAGUUUAUUUUUGCAAAAAGCUAUUUGUAUAACAAGAUCACAUUUUAAAACAAGAGUUCUUGGGGGGGGUAAUAGACCAAAUCUAAAUUUGUGACAAAUUUGGCCUAUAAAUGUCUUUCAAUAGCAGGUGGCCUGACCGCAUAGGAGAGGUCAAGAGGUCAGGUUUUGCAGCUCUGCAGAGAGCAUAAAAGAUGGAAGAAUCAUUGUUUUUAAAAAUACCACAACACUGACUUCUGUGUAAGACACGAGUGUGCGAGUGAACAAAACGUUUUGUCCGUCUUGAUUCAAAAUGUUAAUUUCAAAAGUGCUUCCUAUCUUUCUAGGUCUUUACGUGUCCUCGUUGUUAGGAAUGAUUAAGGUAGCAUUAUCCGCGUAUGUAACCAAACGCUCCAUCUGGUGUCAUCUGAGACUGAGCAGAAAUGGAGGUACCAUAUAAAACCAAACUCCGACAGGACUGCAUGCAGACGUCACUUUUUUAACCGUCUCAGUUCUUUCUCAUGGUUGUUAAAACUCUUUGGCAUCUCAAAUGAAGUGAAUAUACUGAUAUUUGGUACAAUAUUGGUAUUUGUACUAUAUUUUAUUAUGCCAUUUUUAGAUAAGAAAGGUUUAUUGACAGUAUUGUGACUGCAAAAGGACUAUUUUCUCGUCACUGUGUGUACACUAUCUCUGCCUCCAAACGAAGCAAUGAUAUGAAGGACAUUUUUAAAAAAAUUGCUAUUUUAUAUUUAUGGUUAAUUUAUUGAUUAGGAAACUGACUGUUUCUCAACAUUGUGAUUUAUUAUUAUGCACUGACAGCAAUGGCCCUUAUACUGUGUUUGUUUGUUUUUUAUUUAAGUUCUUUCUUUAGCAUGACAGGCACCUUUUCUGUUUCAGUGAUCAGCCUUAAUUUCUGAUAUGAUAGUCGAGCACAACAGCAGUCUCAGGGGAAGAUGUGUGUGAGUGAAAGCGUGU